AUGGAUAGUGGUAUGAUCAUUGAUACGAAGCCUGCGAUAGUCACCCACAAGUUGAUGAGUAAGCUAAAAUCGGCUCGUUACGAAAUGAUCAGCCUCACGGUGGAGAGCUCCACAAUAGCCUGUGUGGAAAGGCGACAAAUGAGCCAAUCAGCUGACGGGGUGGGACUAAGAGAACUUCAUGGAUGUCCACCUCUACACUUGAGUGAAACUCUAGCAAAAGCGGCUCAAAAAUAUGCCGAAGUAAUGGCAAAGAAGGGGUUCCCUGAGCACAGCGAAUGCACCGACUAUGGAGAAAACCUAAUCACUCGAUGGCAUUCUGGAGGAGCUGUCUUAACUGGUCGUCAGGCUGCAUUGGCAUGGUACAGCGAAAUCAGCUUUUAUAAAUUUGGAAAAGAAAACCAAACCAACUGCGGACAUUUCACUCAGGUAGUUUGGAGGGAUACACAAAAGGCCGGAUUCGGUGUUGCCAGGACCAAAGACGGAACAGGAAUCUACGUUGUUGGACGAUAUCAGAAACCGGGAAAUUACCUAAAUAACUAUUGCGAAAACGUGCCUCCACCAAAGAGUGGUGUCAAGUAUAUACCGACGAAUGAGGAAUUGAGUAGGUUUCAGUACCGGCAUGGAGGGCACACACGGAAACAAGAGAUGCAGAAAAUGCAACUCGAAGUUGUAUUUUUACAGGAGACGUUCAAAAAAACGGUGACGAAUACCAGAAACUUACUGCUUCAGCAAUAG